AUGGCGAGUCUACAUGAUUUUUUCGUGCGACAUCUGGAAGAACUGAGCAGAGGGUCAGCUAGUCCAGGGGACGAAGGGCGCACCCUCAGGAUUUUGAAACCCAGACAGGGGGUGGAAGAGGGACAAGAACUCAACGGGAGCAAGAGAUGGGAAAAUGUGGGAGGAGAAGGGUAUGUUCGGCAUGUACAUGCCCCAGCAGCAGCGGCGAUUAUCUGCAGGAAUCUGGGAGCAUGGAUGAGUAAUUUAAUCAGGGACGGGGGACAACAGGGGACAUGGGAACAGGGUCAGUGCACAGCAGACAAAUUAGGAGCAUUUGCGGGCAGCCGGGAUACCAGGGCUUGUGACUACGGAGACGUGGAGAAGCAGUGGAAGCCGUUUAAGUGGGACCAGCAGUUUGAUUCCAAGAAAGCCGAACAGAGGAGCUUUGUGAACUGUAUUGAUAUCUUCGUAAUCUUUCUGACAGUUAUGAUGAACAUUGGGGCGCAAGGAGAAGAAUGGAUCGACGUAAAGACGAAGAAAAGUCCAUGUGCCACAUUAUACGACUGGUACGAAAAGUGGGGAGGCCCUGAAGUGGCCGAGGAGUUGAUGAAGCUAAUGACCAGUAAUUCAGCCAAAAUAGGAAUAGGACGAGGAAAUUAUGUGAAACUAGGGGACAGCAGUGAUAAGUUCUGGAGUCGGAUACAGAAGGGAUUCAGAACCAGGGCCUAUGCAUUACAAUGCCCAGGGGAAGGAAACAACCGAUACAGCCAAACCCCAAGCUGUGUCGUCAUGCCCGACGAUCAAACUAGUUGCCAGUCAGGGCCCCCCAACAGCAUAAAACAGCAGGUAAGGAACCGACUCCAGACAAUUCGGACACGGCUUCUGUCGUCACCAAGGAAAAAAGAGUUUGCAGACCAAAGAUUCUGUGAAACAGGACGAAACGGGGAAGGAAGGAGGGAAACGCAACACACCACAGGGCAGAGGGGGGAGGAAGCCGGAGGGGGAAGGAGGCCCAUGGAAACCUCCAGAAGAGAAAAAACGGGACGGAGCCACGGGGCGACGAGGACAGAGAGGGAGAAUAGAACCGUCCCGAGGGAAGUGAAGGGAGCCGAAAUAAACCCAACAGCUAAAAGGAGACGCAAGAUAGGAGGGUAG